UGUGAAUAAUAGCUUCUCGGUGUUUCUUUAAUUCGCCUAGUGUCGGCAUACAUUUUCUUAACUACUAAGCGAUUGUUGGAUAACUUUUGCAGCUGUUGUUUUUACUCUACACCAACAUCAAUUUUUACAGAUGCCAGGUUCAACAUUCAAAAAGUGCUGUGCAUGUGGUGGAGACAUCAGGGUGGCACGUCGCAAAUGUGACUUGUGUGGGGCAGCACAGCAACUGAAAAAAAAACUGGAGUCGCAGAAAGAUCACUACAAUGACAACUGGGCUCGAAACACCCUUAAGGGAAACAAUGUUGCCAAGGUUCUUAAUACUGCCCAUUUACUGAUCCACAAGCUGGAAAAGCUGGGGAUGGUCCCUUUGAUCCUUGUGGGACGCCCUAACAAUCCCUCCAUUGGCUGGUCUGACGUUCUGUGUCCUCAGGGCUUCAAAGAUCAACAGGCCAAAACUGUGGAAGAGAUUAAAUUGAUAUUUGACACUGCCAUGAAAGCUUUACAUGAAAAAAUUACUCAAGAGGUGGCCCCAACCCCAGUCGAAGAUUGGCCACCACCCCAUUACAACCACACAUGUCUCCCACCUACACCCCUCUGUAGCAGCUUAGCUAACGCUGAUGUCGGGACCUUGACAAAGUUGACACUGUUGCAGGUUUUUCUAAACGAGAGAUUACCAACAGUGGCUGCUGUGGAAAAAACGGUAUCGGAGUACCAGGAAGAAAUUUCCCGUUCAAAGGAGGAGAUCGAACGUCUACGAAGGCUGCUGGAUUUGGCUUUCAAACCAGACAAAAAGUUACAUAUUGCAGACUCCCAGCAGCUCACUCUCCCUGAAGACAUUCCUCCUGAGCAGCAGGACUGGAGCCCCAGUCCGGGCCAGGAGGACCCAGAGCCCACUCAGAUUAAAGAGGAACAGGAGGAGUUUGGCACCAGUCAGGAGGAAGAGCAGCUUCAGGGGCUGGAGUCUGAUAUCAAAGAGUUCAUAUUCACUCUACCCUGUGUAAAAAGUGAGUAUGAUCAGGACCCUCAGCCCGUAUAUCUUCCCCAAACCCAGACUAUGGAGAACAGAGAGAGGGACUCUCUUCCCACCAAAACAACUGAACAAGACAUCAAAACAGAACCUAAUGGAGAGGGCUGCAGUGCAUCAGAACCAACAAGUGAUUCUCAACCCCUCUCUGCAGUACACCCAGACUGCUCUGCAGCUCAGAUUGGGAACAGUGAAAGUGACAAUGGGGUGGACUGUGGAGGACUAAUGUCAGGGUUACAGCCAUUUAAAUCAAAGAGAACAUGGACAAAGAAAGGACAAAGCUCCCAGAUCUCUACCCGGGUCGAUAAAGCCAGUGAACUGAAAGUGCCAUUGAAGGCUCACACAGGGGAGAGACAACACAGAUGUCCAGUAUGCAGUAAAUAUUUUCUGAAAACGAGCAAUUUAAAAAUACAUCAGAGAAUUCAUACUGGGGAGAAAUCAAUUCACACUGGGGAGAAUUCAUUUCACACUGGGGAGAAACCAUAUCAGUGCAAAGAUUGUGGCAAAUGCUUCAUCCGGAUGGGAAACCUGACUGAGCAUAUGAGAAUUCACACAGGGCAGAAAUUAAUCUGGCUGAUACCAAACUCAAAGUCCUCCUGACUUCAGGGUCUAGAGAGACUGUUUGAUGUUGUCAGCAGGAUGGCGUAUGGAGUUUUGUUCACAUUUUGUUCACAUUCUGUUCACAUUUUGUGAAGAAAUAGUAGUCAUUUUGGGUAUGUACAUUUUUUUAUAGUAUGUGACAUUUCGAAAAUGUAUGUUUUAAAAGGAUCAGCCCCUUUUUUUCAAUUUUCGCUUAAAACGACAUACCCAAAUCUAACUGCCUGUAGCUCAGGCCCUGAAGCAAGGAUAUGCAUAUUCUUGGUACCAUUUGAAAGGAAACACUUUGAAGUUUGUGGAAAUGUUAAAUGAAUGUAGGAGAAUGUAACAUAUUAGAUCUGGUAAACGAUAAUACAAAGAAAAAACUGUGUUUUUUGUAUAAAAAAAUGAUACCAUCCUCUUUGAAAUACA